AUGCAACACCGACGCCCUAGCGAGACGUUGUCCUUCCCCCGCGGCGACGCCUUGCCGCCGCCGGCGGAGCACGAAACGGAAGCCCUAUGGGGCGCGACGCUGCAACUCCUCCGCUCCUCCUCGUCCUCCUCCCACUUCCCGACAUCCGCCUCCCGCUCCCGCUCCUCCACGCCCGCCGCCGACUCCAACAACUCCUCCGCUCUCCUCGCCGACGAGGAGGACGAGGACGUGGCCGCCGCGCUCGACCCGCUGCUCACCGUCGCCACCACCACGGCCUCCGCCACCGAGGGCGAUUCUCUCGCCAACCCCGACGACGACCGCAUCGAUGAGCUCCACGUGUUGGACGAGGACGCCGCGGGCGCCGACGCGGCCGACUCCGUCUACGCCUCUACGGCGGGGGCUGCCACGCCCCUCAUCUGGGACCACGUCGCCGGCGUCGCUCGCCUGCCGUUCCGCCUCCCCGCCUCCGCCGAAUCCCUGCCCGCGGGGCUGCCGCGCCUCGACUCCCCGUGCCGGAUAGCCGCCGCGGCCUUCAGAUAUCUGCUGUUACAGUACUCCUUUGUCCUCUCCUCUCCUCAUCUCCUGUCUACUUCAGCGUUCAAAUUCUGGACUUGGAUAUCUGCAAGACUGCAAUUGGCAAGUAAAACGUAUCCGCGUAUCGGGUUUCUUAGGAAAUUGCCGUAUCCGCGUAUCCGUAUCCUUCCGAUACCGAUACGCGUAUCCGUAUCCGUGCAACUUAGGCCCGAACCGUUCAUGCCCCUAGGGGCUCAGCGGCGCGUGGUGCAUGGGAAACCGGUCAUGAGAAGGGUGGUGAUUGGACAUGUGCCGCAGAGGAGCAAUGAUCUUGCCGUCGCGUAUCUACAGCCAAUGCCGUUAGGUCCUAUCAAUUUCAUGGCCGUCCACAACAUCAUCGAGGAUUUUCUGCGCAACAGAGGUAUUGGUUUUCGCUCCUUGCAGCCAUGUCCUUUUGGUCAAGCAUACGUCCGCUUCAACUACAUUUUCGAGCGAGAUUUGCUGAUUCAAGAAGGCCCGCAUCACUAUGGCAAUGGUACAAUUUCGUUUGUGCCCCAGAACAAAGCAUGGAACAAUCGCACGGCAAUCAUGACUCACGAAGCUAGGAUGCUUGGUGGAGCUGCAGAGGAUGAGCAGUUCCCUCCUGACGAUAAUGACUUUGAUCCCUACAAUUUUCAUUUCCAUGGUUUUGGUCAGAUGGGUCAUGGGCCUCCUCCUUCACCUGAACAGCACAUUCCUGUCCCACCCAAUAUCGAUAUCCUUGCUGCAAUGGGGUGGGAGCAGUGGCAGAACCAGAGAAUCCAGCCCCCUCCUGAAAUUCAUAUGCCAGUUGAGGAGGUUGUUCAGGCUGAAGGACACCCUGGUGAAGUUCAGAACCUGAAGCCCUUGCAAGUAGAAGAAGUGCAGCUUGAAGAUCUUGUUGACUUCAAUGAUUUGGUACUAGACCAGCCUCUUCCACCACAACAGUUUGAAAUUGUGCAGUUGGGCUUUGUUGACACCUUCAUCCCCCCAGUGGACCCAAUGCAGCACUUGGGGAAAGCAGCUUUAGGCCCAAGCCCAGAUGCAGUAAGGCUUUGGACCAAAUUCUUCAGUUGUGUGGAUCAGUCCCUGCCAACUGUGACUAUCCCCACUCAGUUGAUGAAUUUAUUCACCCUCUUGAUGAUGAAGCAGUCCUCCUUUGAAUGGGCAAAAAGUUUUCUUCAGUCCCCUGCCUGGCAGACCAUAGCCCAGUCUUCGCUGGGUAAAGUUUUCUCCUUUGCUCUUCCUCGGGUCAAGCCAUCUGUAAUAAUUAUUGAUAUCACUUGUUCUGAUUCAGACCGUGAUCUCUGUCCUGAACCUGUUGAUACAGGCUUUAUUGAUGCUACUGAUGUUGUCAACCUUCCAGACCCUUCACGCCUUCGGGACCUGGGCACCUCCUUCUGCAAGCUCAAUCCGGACACCCUCACAGAUGAGAAGCUCACUUCCAAGCCUUCCAAGAAAGGAGCAGUUGGCAGGCCACAAGCCAAGAAGCCCAAGCAAUCCAGGGAGGAUCCAGCUGAGGGAUCCAAGAAGAAAGAGAGCAAGAAGUGA